AAGACCCAAACACAAAGCACAAAAUGUAAGGCGGCAACAAUAAUCAACGCAACGCAAAGCAACAAAGCAGUAAAAAGCAAGCGAACAAAAGCGAUUUGUUAGUUUGGUGAAGGGGGGCCGAAGCAGUGAAAGAAAAGAGGCGAUGCCCCAUUAUUGGAAACUGUCAUACUCGUCAGAUUUGCAUAGCUUUAGAACCAACGGGAUAAAAACGGCAGCAUCAUGCCAAUGCCGAACGUGAUAAGCACAACAAAUGCGAGAGCAAUGCGAAAUGUUAACAAUGGCGACAAUAUUAACGCUAAAUGCGACGAUCCCAAUGUGUGAGCCGAGUACAACAAAGAGUAGCCAAAAGUGUGUGUAAAAGAGACAGAGCAACACAUCAAGACAGACAGAGAGACAGAGAGAGAAAGAGAUAGAGAGAGAAAGAGAUAGAGAGGCAGCAAAGGGAAAGCAAGCAAGAGAUGCAGCUGCGAUAAGAGCGAACAAGGGCAACAACAACAUCAACAACAACAACAGCAACAGCAACAAGAGCAACAAGAGCAACAAAAGCAACAAGGAGAUAAACGAGGACAAUCAGUCAAGAUGAGUGAUGAUCAAACGCUAGCAGCGCAGAAUGAUGAUAAAGUUGCCAAACACCAAGUCGUUGCCUACACGCAAAAGUCGCAGGUCAAACACGAAAAUCGGCAUAUUCAGUUGGUGCGCGAAUAUGGCUUUCAUCCGCGCACCAAGGCCUCCGUGGAGGAUGGCGACGUCUUGCCCCGUAAAUUUGAGCCUUUUCCGGAGGACAUGUACGGCAAGCCGCUUGAGGAGAUUGACACCUUUAUAUACGAAGAGACUUUCUGUGUGGUGUCAAAGCGAUUCCGCAAGAAUUACAUACAUCGCUUCACGGGCACCCAGAGCCUCUUCCUCUUCCAUCCAUGGAGUCCAUGGCGACGCGUUUGUGUCUACAUUGCAACGAAUCAAUUCUUCGAUUACUGCGUCAUGGCAACAAUUCUAUUCAAUUGCAUUUUCCUAGCCAUGACCGAAACAGUGGAGGAAGCUGAAUAUAUCUUCCUGGCCAUUUACUCAAUCGAAAUGGUUAUAAAAAUCAUUGCCAAAGGCUUUUUGCUCAACAAGUACACGUAUCUGCGCAAUCCGUGGAAUUGGCUGGACUUCGUGGUGAUAACUAGUGGAUAUGCGACAAUUGGCAUGGAGGUCGGCAAUUUGGCCGGCUUGCGCACAUUUCGAGUGUUGCGCGCAUUAAAAACUGUUUCCAUUAUGCCCGGCCUGAAGACGAUUAUCAAUGCAUUGCUGCACUCGUUUCGCCAACUGGCCGAGGUCAUGACCCUGACCAUCUUCUGCCUGAUGGUCUUUGCCUUGUUCGCGCUGCAGGUUUACAUGGGCGAGCUGCGCAACAAGUGCGUGCGGAAUGUGCCCGCCGAUUGGACCAACAUAUCGCAUCUGGAUUGGCAAAUUUGGGUCAACGAUACGGACAACUGGCUGUAUGACGAGGAUGAGAUGCCAAUGCUCUGUGGCAAUUUGACUGGUGCACGCCAUUGUCCGUUCGGUUUUGUGUGCAUCUGCGUUGGCGAGAAUCCCAAUCAUGGCUACACGAACUUCGACAACUUCAUGUGGUCCAUGCUGACAACAUUCCAACUGAUUACGCUCGACUACUGGGAGAACGUAUACAAUAUGGUGCUCGCUACUUGUGGUCCAAUGAGUGUUUCAUUUUUUACUGUGGUUGUGUUUUUUGGCUCAUUCUACUUAAUUAACCUAAUGUUGGCUGUCGUCGCGCUCAGCUACGAGGAGGAGGCGGAAAUAACAAAUGAGGAGCGUAAAAAGGAUCUGUUGGAUCAUCGGGAUGAUUCCACGUUCAGCUUUGAUCCGUCCGUGUUGAACGUGAAAAUGCUGAAUAAGAACAACAAGAAGAAGAUUGAUUCACGCAAGGGUGUGCUCCUCGCCUCCUACAGCAAGAAGAAGACACGACGAAAAAAGACCAAAGGUGGCAAGGACAACACCAGUACCAAUGGCAGCAAUGGCAACGAUCACGAUAACGCUAAAUCCCCGUCGGGCACGCCCAGCCCCAAUCCAAGUCCGCGACACAGCAACACAGAUCGUCCCUCGGCGCUGGCCCUGCAAGCGCAGAAGCAAAUGGAGCAGCAACAGCAGCAGAAGCAACUCAUCAAAUCCGAAACGGCAGCGGCGGCGGAGGCGGCUACGUCGGAGCAGCAGCAGCAGGAACAGCAGCAAAAGACACGCAUCAGCUUCAAGGAGGGUAAUGUGAAGAAUCCCAAUAUGCUGUAUCCCUCGGACUACAAGGGUCAGCUCAUAACGAGCAGCCGUCAGACGAGCUCCAAUUCAAGUGGCGGCGUCAAUCGUGAGUCCUCGCAGGAUGAUUCGGGCGUUGUCGAUGAUCACGAGGAACAGGACACCGGCAAUGAAAUGGGCCAUGUCUCAACUGUGGAGCUGGCCUUGUCACCGCGCGAAGUUCGCCUCAUCAAAUGCAAUGGGAAUAUAGCGCGCAUCAAGAACCACAAUGUCUAUGCGCUGCAUCAGGAGUUCUCCUCGGAGGUCGUCGUCAUUGAUGAUCUGCCCGAUCGUAAUUGUGAUCGCUGCGUGCACUGCUGUGCGGAUUAUGAGAGCUGGCUGCAGUUCCAGAACUGUCUUUAUAAGGUGGUGCGCGACCCACUCUUCGAGCUGGCCAUAACGCUGUGCAUUGUGCUGAACACUGCGUUUCUGGCCAUGGAGCAUCACGGCAUGAGCGAGAGCUUUCGCAAUGCUCUCGAUGUGGGCAACAAGGUCUUUACGUCCAUUUUCACGUUCGAGUGCAUUGUCAAACUGAUGGCGCUGUCGAAGGACUUCUUUCUGUGCGGCUGGAACAUAUUUGAUCUGAUUAUUGUCACUGCCAGCCUGCUGGACAUCAUCUUUGAGCUUGUCGAUGGCCUUAGCGUGCUGCGCGGUCUGCGCUUGUUGCGUGUUUUGAAGCUGGCACAGUCUUGGACGACGAUGAAGGUGCUGUUGAGCAUCAUAAUAUCGACAAUUGGUGCGCUCGGCAACCUCACGUUGAUCCUCGUCAUAGUCAUUUACAUAUUCGCUGUGAUCGGCAUGCAAUUGUUCUCCAAGGACUACACGCCCGAAAAGUUCGAUCCAGAUCCAGUGCCAAGAUGGAAUUUCAAUGAUUUCUUUCACUCAUUCAUGAUGAUUUUUCGCAUAUUGUGUGGCGAAUGGAUUGAACCCCUCUGGGAUUGCAUGCGUGCCGAAGAAGAGCAAGGCGCAUCGACAUGCUUUGCCAUAUUUCUGCCCACCUUGGUAAUGGGAAAUUUCAUGGUUUUAAACUUGUUCUUGGCCCUGUUGCUCAACAGUUUCAAUUCCGAGGAGCUCAAGUCAAAGAAAGAGGAGGUGGGCGAGGAGUCAAAGCUGGCACGCAGCAUAGAAAGGGUGCGUGAUUUGAUACGGAAGAAGCGGCAGGAGCGCAAGGAUCGGAAGGAGCGCAAAUAUGCGGAAAAGUUUCAGCAAAUUGUGCUCGAGGCGCAGCAGGCGCAUGCGACCAGUGUGGCGGCCAGGGAAUUGGAUAAGCCCAACUUGCUGGCGGAAACAAAGUUCCAUAGAUUAAGCUAUCAGGAAUCUAUGAACCGCCCAGUUUCCGGUUCCGAUUUCGGCUUUCAAAUUCCGCUCAGCGAUGGCCUCCACACCAUAGUCGAUGGCCUGGAGUACGAUGAGUCGUCAGAGCCGGCAUCCGAGCAACAGCAGCAGCAGCAGAUGCAGCAGCAACAGCCAUCGUCCGACUGUCUGCCGCCCACAUACGAGUGCGCCAUGCUGACUGCCUCGAGCAUAGAGAACAAUGGCUGUGAGAACAAUCUGUCGCCUUUGGGGCCGACGGAGCGCAGCAGCCGAUUGCAGCAUCAGAUCUCGUCUGGCGUGGGCACUCAGCAGAAUGACUCACGGGAUGAGGCCACCUACACGGAGUCGAUCGAGCUGCGACUGCUGGGCCAGUACAACUCGACGGAUACGGAUCCGUAUGCUUAUGCGCCGGAUCAGCGCAGUGGGUCCUUUGCGCGUGGCGAUUCGCUGCAGGACACCGACGAGGCAUAUCUCAAGUACCAAAAGUCUUUGUUAACACGCUCGCCCAGCUAUCGUAAAUCCCUGGAUCGCCUGUCGCAGUCCAGUGGACAGUCACAGCGUUCGCUUCUCCCCUCGCGCAGCCUCAAGUCCGAGGAGAGUGCCAUGCGGCGACAUUCGAGCGGGCUUUCACUGAACUCCAUAUCCUUGGAGCAGGAUGAGCUGCUAUCACAGCAGGCGAAUCUGCGCGAGGAGCUGCUCAAUUGCGAUCAGAAAGAGCUGUUUCAGUUUCUGCAAGAGGACGAGGAGCUGCUGGGCAUGGCGCGCCGGGAGAAGAAGCCAACGACGAGCAGCAUCAAAUCGAAUCUCAGCUACAUUUCCAAUUCCAUAAUGCAAACGCUCGAUUCGCGGCACAGCGGCAGCCACUCCAGCCAUGGUAUUGGGCAGCAGGAGAGCGAGCCCCUGAUGGAGCACUCCGAAUUUGACAAUAUCAUACAGAGUUUCGAAAAGGAGCUGGAGGAGAUUAAGCGCUCUACUAGCUCACUGGAGCGGAAAAUCUCAACGCUUUCGGAACCCUCACCCGCUGCCGAUGAGGCGACCAAAGCUAUCAUGGAUCACAUUGCUAUCAUUACAGGCGCCUCGGAGCGCACAACGGCCGAUGAGGUUGUGCAUCCACUGAAUCCCUACGAUAGCUACGAUCUGUCCAGUGUGCCGCGACGCUCGCAAUCCGUCAGCGCCGCCGCCCAGCGUCAGUCCGUCAAGCUGAAGCGUCGCAGCUUGGAGAAGCAGCGCAAGAUCGACGAGGACUUUAGCAUAUCGAAUGAAAUACGCAAAAUCUGUGAUCAAAUCCACGCACCCUUCGCCGCCAUGGAAGCGCUUGCCGUUGCAGCGACCACCAGUGCCACUGGUGGCAACCAAUCACCGUUUAUGCGUCGCAAACACGAUCCGUUUAGCGUGCAAUUCGAUCGCUUCAAGCGACUCUCGCUGAUCGAGCGCGUCGAGGAGCUGCCCGAGGAGGAUAAGCCGAUAUCGACGCUGCGCAUCGAGUCAGAGAAGAUGCCGCGCAAGUUUCUCAACAAUGACAAGCUGCGCAUGGACAGCCUCUCAUUGAAGAGCACCAAUUCGUAUGAGAAUCUGCUCAUACAGAAACAGUUGUGCCGCGAUGCUGGCCACCAUCCAAUGGUAAUGGGUGUGCCGGCCACACCGCCGACAUCCCUCAAAUCGAGCAUUGAGCCACCAACACUGGCGCAAAUUUCAUCGCUAAAGGCAACACCGCCGCUGGCUGCCCUAACGGAGCAUCAGCAGCAUUAUCAUGCCACUAGCAUACAGACCACCCAACAAACAAUGCACCCAACGGCUGUGGGCGCGGCGUCGGCCAAGCGCCGCGCCGAGCAUCCACAAUCGACACUAGACAAAGCCGCUUCCUUUCAAUCGGCACGCACCGAAUCGCACAGUUCGGGCGUCGCCGAUAAUAGCUCGGUCCUGGCUUUGGGGCAUGCCGGCAAUCGGUCCCUGUCCAAUGGCCAUCAUGAUCGCGCCAGCGACAAGACUGACCCGACAGCCAAUGCAACAGCAACAGCAACAAAUGCAACAACAAAGCCGUCGGCGUUUUCACGACUGACCGAAAAACCAUGGCAUUGUCUGGUUUCCUACGUAGACGAUCUCACUGUCGGUGGGAGACGUAACUCGCAGGGUGCCUACAAUGAUCCCAUGACUUUUCCGAGCUACGGCGAGGCAAAGCCGCCAAAAGUGCCGGACGAUUGCUUCCCACAGAAGUGCUACGAGCAUUUCUAUUUUCGAUGUCCUUGGUUCAUGUCCUGCAUGGACACGCCGAGUGCCAAGCACUGGACGCGCGUAAGGACGGCUGUCUUGGCGGUUGUCGAUACUCCAGCCUUUGAGUGGUUUGUGCUAGUGCUGAUCUUUGCGUCGAGUAUUACGCUCUGUUUCGAGGAUAUCUACUUGGAUAGCAAUAAGACGCUCAAGCGUGUGCUCUACUGGACCAACUUCUCCUUCUGCCUGAUCUUUGUCGUUGAAAUGGUACUCAAAUGGCUGGCGUUGGGCUUCUCCAAAUAUUUCACCAGCUUUUGGACCAUACUCGAUUUUAUCAUAGUGUUUGUCUCUGUUUUCUCGCUGCUUAUUGAGGAGAAUGAGAAUCUGAAGGUCUUGCGCUCAUUGCGCACCCUGCGAGCAUUGCGUCCGUUGAGAGCCAUCUCUAGGUGGCAAGGAAUGCGGAUUGUAGUAAAUGCUCUCAUGUAUGCAAUACCAUCAAUUUUCAAUGUGCUUUUGGUUUGUUUAGUUUUUUGGUUGAUUUUCUCAAUAAUGGGUGUGCAAUUCUUUGGUGGUAAAUUUUUCAAAUGCAUCAAUGAAUUGGGCGAGUUGCUGCCAAUUACUGAAGUAAACGAUAAAUGGGAUUGCAUUGAGCAGAACUACACGUGGAUCAACUCGAAGAUCACCUUCGAUCAUGUGGGCAUGGGCUAUCUGGCGCUGCUCCAAGUGGCCACCUUUGAGGGCUGGAUGGAGGUGAUGGCGGAUGCUGUGGAUGCCCGUGGCGUUGAUCUCCAGCCGCAGCGGGAGGCCAAUUUAUAUGCGUAUAUUUAUUUUGUUAUAUUUAUUGUGUGCGGAUCGUUCUUUACACUCAAUCUAUUCAUUGGAGUUAUCAUUGAUAAUUUCAAUAUGCUCAAGAAGAAGUAUGAAGGAGGAGUGUUGGAAAUGUUUCUCACCGAAUCUCAAAAACAUUAUUACACCGCUAUGAAAAAAUUGGGACGAAAGAAACCACAGAAAGUUAUUAAGCGACCUAUAAAUCAUUUUUUAGCUAUGUUUUAUGAUUUAUCCAAUUCGAGAAGAUUCGAAAUUGCGAUAUUUGUACUGAUUUUUCUAAAUAUGCUUACCAUGGGCAUUGAGCACUACGAUCAGCCGCAUGCCGUAUUUUUUAUACUGGAAGUAAGCAAUGCAUUUUUCACCACUGUCUUUGGACUCGAGGCCAUUGUAAAGAUUGUGGGACUGCGCUAUCAUUACUUCACGGUACCGUGGAAUGUCUUUGACUUCCUGCUGGUGCUGGCCUCCAUCUUUGGCAUACUUAUGGAGGACAUAAUGAUCGAUUUGCCCAUAAGUCCGACGCUGCUGCGUGUGGUGCGUGUCUUUCGCAUUGGACGCAUCCUGCGGCUCAUCAAAGCAGCCAAGGGCAUACGCAAGCUGCUUUUUGCCUUGGUCGUCUCGCUGCCAGCGCUAUUUAACAUUGGCGCCCUGCUCGGUCUGAUUACAUUCAUCUAUGCGAUACUGGGCAUGUCGCUCUUUGGGCAUGUUAAGCUACAGGGCGCACUUGAUGACAUGGUAAACUUUCAGACGUUUGGGCGCAGUAUGCAGCUGCUGUUUCGUCUGAUGACGUCGGCAGGCUGGAACGAUGUGCUGGAAUCGCUGAUGAUACAACCGCCGGAUUGUGAUCCGUUCUUCAAUCGUCAGGCGAACGGCGAUUGCGGCCAUCCGCUGCUGGCGAUCACCUACUUUACGAGCUUCAUUAUAAUCAGUUAUAUGAUUGUGAUUAACAUGUACAUUGCCAUCAUCCUGGAGAACUUUAAUCAGGCGCACCAGGAGGAGGAGAUUGGCAUUGUUGAAGAUGAUUUGGAAAUGUUUUACAUACGUUGGUCCAAAUAUGAUCCACAUGCCACCCAGUUUAUACACUUCUCGCAACUGUCCGAUUUUAUUGCCUCUCUCGAUCCACCAUUGGGCAUCUCGAAGCCCAAUAAUGUCGCGUUAGUGUCAUUUAAUCUGCCCAUCUCUAAGGGCAAUAAAAUACACUGUCUUGACAUUUUGCACGCGCUAGUUAAGCACGUGCUAGGUCAUGUCGAGGAGACCGAUAACUUCAAACAGUUGCAGGAACAAAUGGAUGUCAAGUUCAAGAAACAGUUUCCAACGCGCAAAGAAUUGGAAAUUGUUUCGUCGACGCGGAUCUGGAAGCGCCAGGAAAAGGCGGCCAAGACCAUACAGACCGGUUGGAAGGACUAUUUGCGACGCAAGCAGGAAAAAGAACGCUCCAAUUCCGGCGACAGUGCAACGCAGCAUUCUAGUCCCGGCGGCUGGCAGUCGAAACUCUCCGCACUCAAUUUCUUCCAUCUGCAGGUGAGCCGUCGAGGCACUGCCUGCUCCAGUCGCGCCUCCUCGCGGAAAUCUUCACGCGCCUCCGAUGCCUCCGAUCUCAGCGAGCUGGCCGGGCCCUGGUUAAAUCUUCCGCUAAUGCUUGUCUCUGGCGCCGAUGAUGUGGUCAGGGAUAUCAAGCAGCAGAGCGACGAAAUGGGCAAACGCAUAUCCUCUUGUAUCUCCCUAAACUAUGAGUCCUUGCUCGCAGAAAUGGUCACAGCCGUUUUAAGAAGUGGCUCCCAGCCUAGUGGCUUGAAUUACUUAGCUGCAAUGAACACCAACACAACAACCUCAACCUCCACCUCCGCCUCUGCCUCCGUCUCUGCUAGCGCCACCAACGUUGAAAGUGACAAGCAAGCGCAACACCAACAACAGGUGGCACCAACUCCAACGCGUAAGCGCGCCUCUAGUUUUAUUCGCAAAAAACCGCCCCUAGAAAGAGGUUUGUCAGCACAAAGCGCUUUAAGAGUUAACAAGAACGCUUUUGUCUCGGAGGGCCCGGCACCGGAGGUGAUUGUGACGAAGCCAUCACCGGAUCAGCAAACGCAUCCGCAUGUACAUGCACUCGGCCUACGACCGGACAAUGCGACUCUGGUGCAUGUCCUGGUGCAUCGGGAGAGCGAGGAGUACAAGGAUGAGGACGAGUCUAGUCCAUCUUCGCCCGUUCAUAGUUCGACAAACGGCAAUGGCAUGGAUAAGCAGAGACCACCUCAAAUACGCAUCAGUUCGAGCUCAUCUGAAAUCGCCAUGGACAGCUGUCUCUUGCCCACGGUGCAGAUAAUGGUCGAUAGCCCAAAGGAGCCGCCAAGAGGCGAUUUCAGCACUGACAGCGGCUUUCCAAAUGCUGCCUAUGCACCGACGACCGUCGAUGUGGAUGCGCCCAUCGAUGUUAAUGUGCAGGGCGAUACAUCGCAAGUGUUCUACGACUACAAUCCCGAGGAGUCUAAUCUUGAUAAUACAAAUGACAUAGUCCCAAUUGAAGAGCUGCCGCAAUCGCUGUCAGAAGCUACUUCUGCCGCUGCUGCUGCUGCUGCAAUCGAUGAGCAGCAGAGAUGACCUUCAGUCAAUAUGGGAACAGAUGAGGAGCAGCACUCAACUAGUAGCAGCAGCAGCAGCAGCACUACGAGUAGAUGCAGCAACAGAAGCAGCAGCAGCAGCACCUCAUCUGCUAGCCAGUCAACUGGUGCCGCCAAGCAGCGUCCAAGUUGACAAUCUCCAGUCUGAGAGCAAUUUUCAUGUGCAUUUUUACGAGUACUUGUAAUUGCUUAGACCUAGGCAUGGGGCGAUCGGUUCCCCUUUGUUAUUAUAGUCGAUUAAUUAUAUAUACAUAAAUACUAGUCGCUUUAUACGAUACUUAAACGGAACUAUCCAAUGUUUACAUCAUUCUAUAUACAUAUAUGGACACACAUAUAAAUAUAUGUGUCUUGGCAACAGUGCGCUGUGCGUCCAGCUAAGUCUAGACUAGUCUUAGUGUUAGUGUUAGUGUUAGUCCUAGUUUAGUUUAGUUUAGUUUAAUUUAGUUUACGAAAUCAAUAUAAACUCUGUGUUAACAAAACGUGCAUUAAAUCGUACAGUACGUACACGUUGUAAUACUCAAAUCAAAUCAAAACAAAAGGAAUGAAUACACUAACAUUAGCAUUAACAUUAACAUUAACAUUAACAGUAACAUUAACAGUAACUUUAACAAUACCGAUAAAAUUAAUAUUAAAUUGAUUUAUAUAUACGAUGUAGUAAUGUAUAAAUAGAUACUAACUAAACGGUUGGUUUUACGCUAAGUCAGUCAGUCAAUCAGUCAGUCAGUCAAGUAGAGCUAUAUCGAACGAUUUUGAAGAUAUUUUGAAGGUUGUUUUAAAUUAUACAAUACAAUACGAUGAUACAUACAUACUUACAAACAUAGAUAUAUACAUGCAUUACAUAAUUGUAACUAACAAUCGCGACGUAGAUGAUAAUUAUAGAGUUUGUUUUCUUCAAUGCAAUAUAUAUGGACAACUAUAUAUUUUGUACAUAUGCCAAAGGAAGUAUUUUAAACUAAAGAAAGCUAAUUAUAUACAUACAUACAUACCUACUCAUACAACAUCCAAAAUAUAUAUUAAAUUAGUUAGAGCAAAUUAAUUGAAAUAUUUAUGAGAAAGAAGUGUUCCCAAUUUUGUUUUACGUUCGAUAUAUUUAAUUACGAAAAUACUAUUACAUUUACAUGCUAGAUUAUAUAUGAUAGCCGUACAGAACAAGUGCAUUAAGUACAAAAGAGACGUAUUAAACAGUAGAUUUCAAUACUUGCUCCUACUCUCAUCAUUUCUCAAAUCAAGAUUCAAAUUUAAGAAGAAAAACUCAACAAUUAAAGCCAAACCAAAAAUGUCAAGUGAUUUAAACAUUCCAAGCAAAAACAAAAUAAGCAAUUGAUAUCAAUUUAAAUCAUUUAAUAGCUAAGGCCCAAUCGGGUAUUUAUUUAUACUACAUACUUACACACUCAAUACAUAGAAAAUACAUAUAUAAACAGGAACACUUGUCUCUUAAUAAUUACUCUAUAAUACCUACUUACGUACCAACAAACAGACAGUUGAACCGAAGUCCUACCUAAGCAAUGUGCAUUGUGUACCAGUGAGAACUUUUAUUAUACGAACUUAUUGCUAAAUCGAAUACUUACCAGACAUAGGCAUACAAUGUUUUUAUUUAGUCUAACUAAUGUGAAAUCAAAAUUGCAUCAAUGCUCUUCUAUACAAGCUUCCACAAACAUUGAUAUACAUAUAUACUUAAACUUACUUAUAUGAUAUUAAAAAUAUACUUAUUACAUUUGUAUUCUAUUUUAGGCUCUGGCCAAGUUUCUAAGAAACUUAUUUGAAAUAAUUCUGUGAAAAAUUGAUUGUGUUAACUUAACUGCAUGCAAUCAUAUAUUAAGUUUUAACAUCGAACAACUUAACCGAUAUAACCGAUAACACCCCUUCCUCCGCAGCAGUCCGUGCAACGCACACAUUUUUACACUUUACACACUUCGACUCAACUUUCUAACUUAACAACAGACAAUCAGAAGGCGAUUGAUAGUAAAUUGAAAUUAUGGUACCAACUAAUUCUUUUUAUCCAAAAACAAAAACCAAAAAAACAAAAACCAAAACAAACAAAAACCAAAACCAAAACAAAAACAACAAAAUGUACACACUUGUGAUUUUAACUGCAAUUUUUACACAACAACAACAACAACAAGAAGAAGGAUCAUCUUAAGAACAUAACUUUUAAUUAGAAUUGUUAACAAUUUGCUAAAUGAAUAAAAUGUAAUACAAAUAAGUGAAAAAUAAGCGAAAAACAAAUGAAUAUUGAAUACAGCAGACAGAAACCAAACACUCGUCAAUUAAGUGAUAUUUAUAAUUGGUACAUAGGCAUAAAACAUUUGCAAGGAUUAUUAUACAUGCAUACUUACAUAUACUAUAUAUUGUACUAUAACGUAGGAUUUACAAUAGAACUCAUACUCGAUUUGUACAUAAUGAACGGAUAGCAAUAUCAUAACAAAAGAAAGCAUCAAUGGAGCUAAGCCGAAAGCGAAAGAACGUAAAGGAAAUUUAAAGAAGCUUUAAUUUUUAAUUAUGUCUUUAAUAAUAAUCGCUUGCAAAAGAAAUGUAAAAUUAUUUGAUUAGGAUGCAUAACGAAGGCAUUAUUAUCACUUCUAUAUUAAAAUAACACAACAUUUUAUUUAGUCAUAGAGUAUAACGACAAUAAUUCGAAUGAGGCAUAUAUUAAUUAUAAACGCAACCUGUGCCAGGGGCCAUAGCUUGAAAACCCAACAAAUAAUAACAAAUGAAAUAAAAAAAACCCCUACAUAAAAGGCCACCCAACUAAAAUGCGAUCGCUUAACUACAGAACCUAGCAAAAUUUCCUACUAGUACCAACAAAAAAAAGAAGAAAAUAAAUAAAAUAAAAAACAAAUCGAACGAUGUACCAAAAUGCAACAGAAACUGACACAUGUAACAGAAAAAGAACAAAUAUAAUAAUACAGUCCUAUGCAUUUAACAUAGCUCACAGCACCGCAGUGCAGCGGACCGAACCGGGUCUAAUAAGAAAUACAAAUACAAAUGCAAAUGCAAAAUAUAUACAUUGAAUACCUAAAUAAAUAUGUAUAGUUAUAGUACAGAUCUGUACAGUACAGCUGGUUUGAUUAGGUAUGCCUUACAGAAUACACGAUUUUAUUUGUUGAAUAUUUACGCGUUGAGGUUCAAUAAAGUUAACGUUUCAUAUAUCAAACAUAAUUAAAAACAAAAUAUAUAAAAUGAAACCGACAAACAAA